AUGAGAGGCAGCUGGAUUGUAUUAGCCUUUUGCUCUCUGGGGCAGCUAUAUGCAGAUCAGAGCCUGAAACCUCAGACUGCAGCCUCUCAGCUUGCUACGAACAAUCCCACACUUACUACUGUUGCUCUAGAGAAACCUUUCUGUAUGUUUGAUAGCUCACUAAGUCUAAAUAAAUCUUACACCAUCUACUUGUAUGCAAUGAUGGAAUCGGCAAUGGCAAUAAGCUCAAUGGUGACUGACAAUAGAAGCAAACCACUUGACAGCACGUUCCAGCAAACAAGUGGGGGACGGCUUGGACCUUACAAGGCUGCUCUGUUCAGUAUACCCAACUGCGCAUCACCCCCAAACCUUGGGGAUGUGGGAGACAUUAACAAAGUUUCUGAUGUCCUGAAACAAUACCUCUUCAGAGUUGGGGAUGAUGGGACUUGUUUGUAUGACCCAAACUUCCUAGAUGUCUGUAACCCACCUCUCGCUCCAGAUACAACAUACAGAUUUAAAUACAUGUUGGUAGAUAACACUGAUGGUAUCAUGAAAGACCAAACGCUCUGGUCUGAUCCAAUCAAAACCAGACGAGUUAGACUUCCCAUGAAAAUUGAUACCUGGCCUGGUCGAAGGAGUGGAGGCAUGAUUGUCAUUACGUCAAUCCUGAGUGUUCUUGUGUUUCUUCUGCUUUCGGGCUUUUUUGCUUCUGUGUCCUCUACUGUCAAAAGAAAUUCUUUAUUAGAGGGCUGCAGCAUACCUUGCCAAUUCCCCAGCUUGCAGAGGAAAACAGAGAAACCUGAGUUCUGGUAACCGUAAGUGUGUCCUGGUGAACACUUGCCCUGUGGUAUAAAUAGAGAGAGAAAAGCUGGGGAGCAGUGCUGA